AUGUGCUUCCCGAGCAAAAAGCAGAAGAACAAUUUCAGUGACAUCUCCGAAAAGGAGAAGCCCAAGUCCCAAAAUGGGACGAAGGGGACUACAAAAGAGGAUGCGGUCGUUUCAGACCAAACCACUGCCCCCCAAACCACCUCUACCGCAGCCCCAACACUACCUCCAGUGUCCACUAGCCCCAACACCGCUUUCGCAAUGUCUGCCCCCAAGGUUGCCAUUGUCAUCUACUCGCUGUACGGCCAUGUCGCCAAACUCGCUGAGGCUGAGAAGGCUGGGAUCGAGAAAGCCGGCGGCAAGGUCGAUAUUUACCAAGUACCGGAGACCCUCACCGAGGAUAUCCUCACCAAGAUGCACGCGCCGGCCAAACCUGACUACCCCAUCAUCACUCCCGAUAUCCUCGCCACCUAUGACGCCUUCCUCUUUGGUGUCCCCACGCGUUACGGAAACUUCCCCGCCCAAUGGAAGGCCUUCUGGGACUCCACCGGCCAGCUCUGGGCGACCGGAAAGCUCGCGGGCAAGUACGCUGGCUUCUUCGUCUCCACUGCCGGCCUUGGUGGAGGCCAAGAGUCGACCGUGAUUGCAUCCUUGUCCACCCUCACGCACCACGGCAUCCUCUAUGUGCCUUUCGGUUAUGCGGCUGCCUUCGGUCAACUGACCAACCUCGAUGAGGUCCAUGGUGGAUCUCCUUGGGGUGCUGGAACCUUCGCCAGCUCCACCGGUGCCCGUCAACCCUCGGCGCUUGAGCUCGAGAUCGCCCAAAUCCAAGGCGAGACGUUCUACAAGACGGUCAGCAAGGUGUCUUUCUAA